AGAGUCUAGGAGUGGGCAUUUCGCUUUUCCUGCGACGGGGAUCCCCUGAGACGUUGCCCUUUGACCUUUGACAUGUGUGCAACUUCUGCUACUCCAGAUAUGGAGGACUUGAAUAAAAGAGAUCAAUCAUUCAUGACAAUUCAGAAAAACGAUAGCUCAGAUAAUCUGGUGUUCCAUAUGAAAAAUGGAAUGAGAAACAUCAAGUAUAAACCAGUAGACUAUCAACAGUUGCAUGCAUUAACGGAAGCAAAAAAAUUAGCUUCUGCCUCUACAGAGCUAAAGAUCAGGAAAGCAGUGGAGACUUCAAAGAUAUCUAAGGAACAAACACUACUAAAACAACACAAGCAAGUGUGGUGGCAGGAACACCAACGGCUAACUGAUGUCAGAUGUAAAGUGGAAUCUGAAAUAAAAUCCUUUCUCAGUGAGGAAAACAUUGGAAAUGAAUGUCUUUCUGACCUUCUAAAUUUUGAACAAGAGUUAUCAGAACAAUGGUGCACAUAUCUUAAGAAUGUGAUAAGUCCUAUUCAGCAAUUGAGGGCAGAUCUAAAAUACAGACAGCAUCACAUUUCACAGCAUUCAUGCUCACAUAUUGAGCUUAACUCGGUGAAAGUACUGGAAGAGAUUGACUUCGUGAAGAAACAAUUGAAAACUGUCUUCGAAAGUCUUAGUCUGGAGCAACAGAAAAUAGAAAAUUAUCUUUCAGACUGGAGUAUGAAGAUACUAGAUUAUUCUUCAGAAGAAAGAAGUAACCUGCUUACAGAACUGCCUGUGGAAUUAGAAACUUUGGAAUGCCCGUACCCUGAUUUGAAAUCUUCAAUUCUUCAUGAGUUCUGUAACUUUACAGAGAAUUAUCAAAAGAAACUUCAAGACGUUGAUCUGCAGUUAGAAGACCUAUCCAGAAACUUCCAGUUAAGUGAAGAAGACCACUGGAUUUACCAGGCUGUUUUGGAUCAGUAUCCUGGAGAGCUCUAUAACAGAAGAACUCUGUAUCUGAACAUGUUACAAAGAUAUUUUCCUCACAGAUCUAGGCAUGAUUUGGUGGAACAUGAGAAAUAUUGUGAUCAAUAUCGCUUUGCCAGGGAGCAGCGAAGGAUCCUGAUAUCAAAUUGGAAUAAGAACAGGAGAGACUUAAUCCAGAAGGCUGUGCUGACCCUCACUGAGGCCUGUGCAACACAUGCAAUGGAGGACAUGUUGGCUAAGGACAGGAGAAAGCAGCAGGAACUGUGUGCUCAUCUGAAAGCCAAGGUUCUUCAAUGGCGAGCCCACCAGGAAGAGGUAGCACGAUUGGAAAUGGAAAUUUCUGCCAGAAGAAGAGAAAAGGAGAAGGAGAAAGAGAAGCUUUGGAAGGAGAAGGAAUUGUUACAAAGAACAGAGAUGAAAAAGAAAAUAAGGAAAUACUGGGCUAAGAAAGAACAGAAAUGGCAAGAAAUGGAAAUAAGAGAUCUUCAGCGUCUGGAAGAACUGAAGAAAUUAAUGGCUGAACAGUCAGUGAAAGACAGAGAAAGGGUUAAAUAUAGACAAGAAUUACUGGAAAAGCGUUUGAUGGAGAAAAAAGAAGUGGCCCUUCGAGACGCUCAUGAAGAAGAGGAGAGAGAGAGGCGUCUAGAAGCCCUUAGGAAACAGGUUGCUAUUGUCGCUCAGUUUGAUCCCGUUAGAAUGAUGUCAGAUACAACGGCAUCGAAAGCAAGGAUGGGUAUUGGAAUUGAAGAAGAAUUUAUUCUUCAAAAGCCACUCUUUACAUUGAAUACAUACAAUGAAUACCAGAUAAUUUCUGACCCUAGACUCCGUUUUGAGUUAGCACUUCGAGAAGUUGGACUUCAUAAAACAUUUUAUGCCAAAGAGAUAUUACCAAAAAUCAGUCCUCAAAAACCUCCAAGAAAGGACAUGGAGUCUACUGUAUUUAAAAUAUAGUUCAUCUGCAAAUCCUAUUAUAUGUAAGCAAGAUUUUUCUUUGAAAACAUUUAUAUGGAUAACAAUUACUACUUUGUAAAAAAUUUUAAAUAUCAGACAUAGAAAUCAAAGCAUUAAUUAAAACAACUUUGUCUUUUAUGACUCUCAGAAUUUCAUGCACUAUUUCCCAUAUUUUUGUUAUGUCUAAUAGUACUAAAUUCAACAAGACU